AUGAAGAAUCUCGGAUUCGCGACCUUCAUUGUCCUCUUCGAAAGGGGAUCAUUUGUUAUCGCCGGGACGGUGCGAUAUUUGAGCACAACAUCCAUUCUUCCGGAAAACAUGAGGUCAAUUCAUAUGACGUAUCGAGAAAGCCAUAUACAACUCACUACUUGUACCCUCAAGCCACGAAUCAUCGUCCCAAAACACCCGUCGCGGGAUUUAGCGGAGAUUUCAUUCGUCCCCAUCAAAGGCAACCGGAUCCUCCUAUUCGCAAAGUACUUAGAAAAGAUAACUUACAAGGCGUAUCUACAUCUAUCAAUCGACGAAAUCCGCGCCGAUGAUCGCGUUGGUCGUGCUCUGUGGUCUUUCAAUGGUAGCGUUGAUGGCCACUUCAAUAUUGAUGAUUUGGAGCUCAUAAAAUCCACCCGAAAUCCACUGGGAAUCACUUUUGGGGUGCGCUUUGACGACCAUUGCAAGCUGUUCGACAUCUCUACUACUGACACUGACGCCUCGGAUAAAUUUCCUCUUAUCGAGUCCGGGAAAGUAAUCUUUGCUCUAAAGCUCACGUCAAAGUCAGAGAACGAUAAGAGUCUCGUUAUGCUAUCCCCUUCCGGGCACAUUCUCCUCAACGCGAAUUUGGAGAGAAACCGACGCGACGAAACGAUUGACAUUCACUAUUCGGAUUCUGGCCGCAAAAACAAUGUGGACUUUUCCUUCAUCACCCGCAUAUCUCUUCCCAUUGCCGGGGUUCCGAAAGUAUUGUUCCAGGAAUCACCACUACUUGCAUUUUCCGCCGAUGCGUCCAGGUUUGCUAUAGCCAUUGGUCGCAGAAGAGUGUCUGUAUGGGACGUCCGAAACAAAGUCCCACUAAAGACAUUCAUGGAAGACCCCAAGUCCGACGAUCAUGACCGGCAUGUACGCCAUCUUCAAUUCAGCAGUGGAAAGUUAGGAAAAGAAGCUCUGGUAUUUGUAGAGCGCGAUCAUUCCUCCUCGCUUGAAAUCAUUCAUGUAAUCGAUGCGACGUCAUUUGAGACGGAAGAAAUUCUUCCGUUAAACUUGGAAGAGCUCAAUGAUUAUGAAAGGUACAUAGGAGUGGGUUUGCUUUUCUUCGAAACGGGCGGGGGAACGCUGUAUGCUGAACUUAACGGAAUACUCUACGAAUGGUACCUGCGGAAAAAUAAUCAUGGUCCUGAAUGGUGGAUUGGGGAGUAUUUAUUAUUAGAAGUAACGAAUGUUCAAGCCGAAGAAACGUGA